UGAGUGUCUCGCUUAACAUGUGAAGGAAACUUUAUUUUGGGAACCGUGUGAAUACGUCGGGGGAAGCCUAGGUCGCUGGAUUUGGCACUAGAGUUUCCUCUAGUAAGAACCAGAAGGUUCCAGUUACCGCUGCCUCCCAGAAUAAAAAUAAAUUUUCUUUCAGGCUGUGUCUUGCGCAGAUACGAGUGUGCGGAGGGCUAGGUACCUACGUGUGUUAGGUCAUGAUGAACUGGAGGGUGACUCACAAUCACCCUGAAGAUGUGUGAGAUCCUAUGAAAACUCUCUCGGGGGAAGAAUUCCGCGUCUGCACGGCUCUAAAGGGAGAGAGGUGAGGUCGGAUCGCGCGCCCACGGCGCGAGCAUCACGGAGCCGCACCGCCGCCCCCCGGGCUCCACGCGCUCCUCCCCGGGCCCGCCCGCCCUCGCCCCGCGCCUCCCCCGCAACGGCCCGCCCCCGCCCUCAGGCCGCGCCCGGCCAACAGCUCGCUCGGAACCUUCCCCUUCACCGUUCCUCGUCACGCCCCAAAGCAUCCCUGCCCGCCCCCAGCCCCCAGCGUCACCCUCCGGCAUCUCCGCCGGCGCCCGACACCCCAUCCCCCAACUCCCCGCGGGCGCGCGACGCCCUCGAGCCGCCGCCGCCCAUUGGCCCGCGCGGAGCAGGUGGGAAAAUUGGCCAACGGCUGCGGCCGGUCCUGAGGGUGGCGGGGGGAUGGCGUCGGGACCCAGGCCCGCGGCGCCUGACGACUCGGUCCGCACGACCAGCCCAGGCCGGCGAGGCGACAAGGUUGUCUCCGCGCCCACCGGGGACCUGGCGGCGGCGGCGGCGGCGGCGGGGAGCCUGAAGAGAACCGCGUCCCCGGUGCGGUCGGUGGUGGCGUCCCCGCGCCCGGUGAAGGGGAGGGCGGGCCGGGAGGCGGCGCGGCGGCGGCUGCAGCUCCCGCCCGUGUCUCAGGCCGAGGGCCCGGGAGAGGGGCCGCGGGAGGAGGAUGAGGAGCCCCUUCUCUCGGUGCCGGAGGAGGAUGACGCGGAGGCGCGGCCGCUGCCCCCGGUCUGCGUGUCCCCCAUGAGGGGGAUGUGGCGGGACGAGAAGGUGGCGCUGUACUGCGACGAGGUGCUGCGGGGCUGCAAGGCAGAAGAUGCUGAUGACGCUAUGAGUAAAUACCUAUCAGAAAAAUUAAAGUUGAAAGACAAAUGGCUUGGGGUCUGGAAGACUAAUCCUGAGUUAUUCUUUAUGAAAUAUGAAGAAGCUUCUAUACCUUUUGUUGGUAUACUGGUUGAGGUGACUUGUAAACCAUGCCCAAGCUCAUCAUCUUGUUUCAAUGUUACUGUUUCUGUUGCUGAGCCCUUUUCUUCUAACGUUGCAAAUCUUCCAAGGAAUUUGGUCAAUGAGGUUUUGGAAGAGCUAGAGCAUAAUGUGCCUCUCUCGGAAGUGCACCCUGUGGAAGGACAAGAUUCUGCUUUACAUGACAUUGCUUUGGCCUUGGAAGUCGUAAGGUUUUUUUAUGAAUUUCUUUGGAGGGACUGGGAUGAUGAAGAAAGUUGUGAGAAUUACGCUGCUUUGAUUGAAGAAAGAAUUAAUUUGUGGUGUGAUAUGCAAGAUGGAACAAUACCUGGUCCUAUUGCACAACGUUUCAAAAAAACUUUGGAGAAGUAUAAAAACAAGCGUGUUGAGCUCGUUGAGUAUCAGAGCAAUAUUAAAGAAGAUCCAUCUGCAGCAGAGGCUGUUGAAUGCUGGAAAAAAUACUAUGAGAUAGUAAUGCUCUGUGGAUUAUUGAAAAUGUGGGAAGAUUUACGUCUCCGAGUUCAUGGGCCAUUUUUUCCAAGAAUUCUGAGGCGUAGGAAAGGAAAAAGAGACUUUGGAAAGACUAUAACACACAUCGUAGCAAAAGUGAUGACUACUGACAUGGUAAAGGACUUAUCUUCCGACACACUUCUCCAGCAGCACGAUGAUUUGGAUUUGGCUUUGGAUAGUUGUUAUAGUGGCGAUACAGUAGUUAUUUUUCCAGGAGAAUAUCAAGCUGUAAAUCUUGCUUUAUUGACUGAUGACAUCAUUAUAAAGGGAAUUGGGAAGAGAGAGGAAAUUAUGAUUACUUCUGAACCUUCUCAUGACAGUUUUGUGGUGUCCAAAGCUGAUAAUGUGAAACUAAUGCAUCUGUCUUUGAUACAACAAGGGACGGUUGAUGGUAUUGUGGUAGUGGAGUCUGGUCACAUGACUCUAGAAAACUGUAUAUUAAAAUGUGAAGGAACAGGAGUGUGUGUUCUUACAGGGGCUGCUUUGACAAUCACAGACAGUGAAAUAACUGGUGCCCAGGGUGCUGGUGUUGAACUGUAUCCUGGGAGCAUGGCUAUUUUGGAAAGGAAUGAAAUUCAUCACUGUAAUAACCUCAGAACCAGUGACAUUUCAAAAAGCACCUUAGGUGGAGUUAAUAUGAAGAACUUUGAACAACAUUUCAUCACGGUUGCUGGGGAUGGAAAUGUUAGGAUUCUGGAGGUGAAGACUGGAUAAAUCAAGAUGAGAAGAAUGAUCUUGGUGUGGAACCAAAAGGGAUGAAGGAGAACCCCUUUUUGGUUUUACAUAAGGUGCUUGCAGGAGGAGUGGAGACUUCCUCUGCUCCACUGCAGGGCCAGGAGCAGCUGUGGCAAAGCCCGAACUGAAGAACAGAAUGGGGACCAAGUGCUAGAGCCUCUUGUCGGUCUGGAAGGUGGACGCAACGGAAGUGGCAGGUGGCUACAAGCCAAAGGACUGAGAGGCGCUCCCCAGCAGCACGGGCACAGAGAAGUUGCUAAUCCCGUAGGAGCAAGUCACCGUUCUUCGUGAGACACUCAAGAUGCACGUUGUCUUAUAUAUUUAACAGUUAUCACCAGAAAGCAAUAAAUUUGAGGACAAGAAUAUUAAUUUUCCAAAGUAUUAAAGUAAAAAAUGAGAAAAUCCUAUAUUUUCAGUGACUGAACCAAAUCAGGUGUCCUUAGGCCGAGGUACAUAGACAGGUUCCAAGAGUGUGAACUGCCUGAAAUCUUAAGUAAAAUCUUUGUGUACAUGCCUCUUGCUGGAGAGUCCACAACUGUCACCAUAUUCUCUAAGAAGCCUCUUAGCCCCCAAAAGCUCAACACAACUGACCUAGAUAGUGUUUAAGUUUCUUUUUUACACAGUCCUCAUUAUUAUCCAAUCGAGGCCUAAAACAGCUGGCUUUUAACAAAAUGUGUUGCUUUUUCUACAGAACACUCUGAUUUGUUCUGUAGAAAACUCAGGCAACUUUAUAUCAUUAAUAUUUUAAUACUAAACAUAUCAUUUUUUUGUAGUUUGAUAUUUUUCAGAUUUUGCAGUUGCAUAAGAUAAACAAUUGUUUUAUUUCCUGAUAAAAUUCUGAAGCCACUGGCAGGCGGUAUUAGAAUACUAGGUUAACAUGGAAAUGCUCAGGACAACUAUUCCUGCCGAAACACUUAGGUUUUAUUUAGAUCAGCAGGUUAACCGAACCCUAUUUUGCUUCCUGUUAUUUUGAAAAGAGCUAAAAAUUUCAGUUAUUUAAAUGAGUAAUUACUAAAGUAUUAAAAAUAACCACCUAGUAUAUAUUUCACAGGUUAACAUGAAAAUAUUAUAUAGGUUUACCAGUUGAGAAACAUUAAAUAUUAGAUUUAUAGCCAAUUCCAUUAUUUCCUUUAUCUUAAAUUUACUUCUAGAUUUGAAAGAAAUACGCAGUUUCAAAGUUUGGAAGUUCCUGAAAGAUCUCCCAUUAAGGUUAAUCCUAGAGCCACCAACUCGCCCCAGUCUGCCAACUACUGUCUCAGGUUUAGCACUUCUCAUGUCUCAGGAAACCACAAUCUGGGUGAAGAUGGGACAGUUUCUAGUUAGUUCCUAGGAAGUCAAUGCUUUUCUUAAAAGCUAAAUUACCACUCAGUCUGGUAAAUUCAGGGGACCUCCAUCAGUAACUCUGACCGGCUCAGUAGUACAGGCAGACCUCCUAUUGCACUUCGCUUUAACGUGCUUCACAGAUUUGUUUUAUGCAAUUUGAAGGUUUGGGGCAAACCUGCAUCAAGCAAGUCUGUCGGCACCAUUUUUUCAACAACAUUUGCUAAUAACUUCAUGUCUCUGUGUCACAUUUUGGUAAUCCUUGAAAUAUUUCAAAUUUUCAUUAUCAGUAUAUUUGUUAUGGUGAUCUGUGACCAGUGAUCUCUGAUGUUCGUAUUAUAAUCGUUCUGGAGCACCGCAUAUUGUGCCCAUAACAGACAGCGGACUCGUGUGUGUCCUGGCUGCUCCAUCUCCCUGUCUCUCUAGUUAGCCAAGCUGUGAAUGCAAAGUUAAAGUUCUGAAGGCAAUUAGAAGUGCUACUCCAGUAAACACAUGAAUAAGAAAGGGGAACCGCCUUAUUGCUGAUGUGGAGAAAGUUUUAGUGGUCUUGAUAGAUCAAACCAGCCACAUUUUGUCAAACUAAAACUUAAUCCAGAGUAAAGCCCUAACUCUCUUCAACUCAAUGAAGGUUGAGAGAAGUGAGGAAACUGAAGAAAAGUUUGAAGCUAGCAGAGGUUGGCUCAUGAGGUUUGGGGAAAGUAGCUGUCUCCAUAACAUCAAAGCGCACGGAGAAGCACCAACUGCUGACACGGAGGCUGCAGCAAAGUACCCAGACAGUUACUGAGGGUGGCUCCACUGAACAAGGUUUUCAAGAUAGACAGAACACCCUUACAUCGGAAGAUGCCACCUAAGACUUUCACAGCUACAGAGUAGGAGUCAAUGCCUGGCUUCAGAGGAUUGGCUGACUGUCUUAUUAGGGGUUAAUGCAGCUGCUGACUCUAAGCUGAAGGCAGUGCUCAUCUACCAUUCCAAAAGCCCUGGGGCCCUUAAGAAUUACACGAAAUCUACUCUGCCUGUGCUCACAAAGCCUGGAUGACAGCACGUCUGUUGACAACACGGUUUACUGAAUGUUUUGAGUGCACCGUUGAGACCUACUGCUCAGAAGAAGAUUCCUUUCAAAAUAUUACUGUUCACUGAUAAUGCACCUGGGCACCCACGAGCUCUGAUGGAGAUGUGGAGAAAGAUUAAAUGUUUUCAUGCCUGCUAACACAAUAUCCAUUCUCCAGGCUAUGGGUCAAGGAGUAAUUUCAACUUUCAAGUCUUCUUAUAGGUAGCUGUUCCUAUGAAGGGUCUGGGCAAAGUACUGAUACCCUUCUGGAAAGGAUCCACCGUUCUAGAUGCCAUUAAGAAUGUUCGUGAUUCAUGGGAAGACGUCAAAACAGCAACAUUAACAGGAGUUUGGAAGAAGUUGAUUCCAACCCUCUUGGAUAACUUUGAGGGGUUCAAGACUUCAGUGACGAAGUGGCUGCAGAUUUGGUGGAAAUAGCAAGAGAAUUAGAAUUAGAAGUGGAGUCUGAAGAUGUGACUGAAUUGCUGCAGUUUCACGAUAAAGCUUGAAUGGAUUAGGAGUUGCUGUUUAUGAAUGAGCAAGGAAAGUGUCAUCUUGAGAUGGACUCUACUCUUGGUUGUUGAAGAUGCUGUGAAGAUUGUUGAAGUGACAAAGUGUUGAGAAUAUAGCAAACUUAGUUGAUAAAGCAGAGUUUUUAAUUAAUUAAUUAGUGAAGAUUGAGGGGGAUUGACUCCAUUUGAAAGAAGUCCUAUGUGGGUAAAAUGCUAUCAAAUAGCACUGCACACUGCAGAGAAAUCGUCUGUGAAACGAAGAGUCAACCAAUGCACCAGACUUCACUGUUGUCUUGUUUUAAGAAAUUGCCACCGUCACCCCAGCCUUCAAGCCCCACCCUGAUCAGUCAGCCGCCAUCAGCGUCGAGGCAAGACCCUCCACCAGCAAAAAGAUACUCGCUGAUGGCUCCGAGGUUAGCAUUUUUUAGCAAUACAGUAUUUUUAAACUAAGGUAUG